AUGGGAUUUUCACUAGAUAUCUGUUGUACAAUGUUCAUGGCAUCGAUCUUACGGAUAUAUUAUUAUUAUUGUUCUCCUUAUGAAUCAACUCUACUACGUCAAUCAAUAAUUAUGAUUCUCAUUCAAACAUUAUUAUUAAAAGUUAGUUUAUAUUAUCGUCCCGCAAAUUAUGAUCCAGAAUUAUUGACAUCAAUGCCAUUACUUGAAAAUGAAUUGAAUAUGAGAGUACCGAGACGAUUAAGUAGUGCUACCCUUGAACAUCAACUGUAUUGGCUGGGUGAUUGGAUUAGUUCUUUAGGAACCAUCACGUUUGAUAUUAUAAAAUAUGUUUCUGGUUAUUUCAUUGCUUAUUUCAAUCAAGGAUUAAGAUUUUUCGAUGUUUAUUAUCGUAGACCAUUAUCAUUUUGGCAAUGGAAAUUAGAAGCUAAUUAUUGGUGGUUUGUUAUAGGUUUCUCCACGGUUUUCGGAAUUACAACAUUGAUUUUCCAUGAAAAUGUCAUGUAUAGUAAUAUUAUUGGUGUUUUAGGAUUAUUUAUUGAAAGUUUAUUGCCAUUACCACAAAUAUUAUUAUUGAAUCGAUUACAACUGGUGAAGAAUUUUAAAGUGAUAUUAUUGUUGAGUUGGUUAGGUGGAGAUUGUACCAAAAUCUCGUAUUUGUUGUUUGGUACCGAUAAUAUUCUGAUCAUUUUCAUUGUUGCCGGAUUAUUUCAAAUGAGUUUAGAUAUUUAUAUUGCAUUCCAAUAUUUGCAAUUCAAAUAUUUCACUACUACUAAUAAAAAUUUGAACGAUGGUGCUAGUUUACAUAGAAGAAAUCAACUGAUUGAUGAUGUUGUAAAUGAUUUGGUGUCGGUGUCGUCAGAAAUCGAAUUGGAUGUAUUAGAAAAAGGACAGAAGGAUAUCUCCAACAAUCAAACUUCGUCAUGGUCAAGAUCAAGAUCAUCUACUCUUGCAUAA